CGACUCCAUGAAAAUCAUUUAUUUGUGAGCAAUAACUGUGAUCUAAAUUUAAUUGUGAUACCUGAUUGUACAUAUAGCUCACAGAAGUACAUUUCAACUUCAACCGGGCAGCUGGUCAUGCAGAUCACAUAAUUUUAAAGCGCUCUGUGUUUAUAUUGAAAGAGCCGAACACGAUUAUACAGUAAAGUUGGUCCUAACUACAGACAUGUCAGAUCCGAAGCGGACACCGCCUUUCACUCCUCCAGGACAGCAGACAAACUCAUUUACACACACACAGACUCCCAAUAGUGCAGCAAGGAGUGUGCCCCGAUAUCCACAAUACUCAGAUGUAUGGACGAGAUUGAAUACCUUUUAUAAUUUCCCAAGGAACUCGAACCAGUCAACACGUAGCCUGGCUGAAGCAGGAUUUUUUUAUAAUGGGAAAAGCGAUUGCGUGUGGUGUUUCUUCUGCGGUGGACCACUUAGUAACUGGAAGUCCGAUGACGACCCUUGGAUCGAACAUGCUCGUUGGUAUCCUGAUUGUCAUUAUUUGCAAGGAAGAAGGGGCCAACAAUAUAUCGAAAUGUGGAACCAACCACAGCCUGGUGAAUCCACUAACGGAUUAAGAGAAUUGCCUGAUAGGUAUAGGGACAAUGCCACCCAGAACCAACUGUCAAGGACAGAUCAACCCCAAAGUAGACACCAUUCUUUCGAAGUAUUAAGGCCUCCAACAAGUCACAGCCUUCAGACUGGUGCAAUCUCUGAUGCAUAUGAACGAGGAGGACCUCGUCCUCACCAUCAAAACACUUACAGUCAACGUCAAUUUCCACAACGAUAUACCCCUGAAGGCAAAAGCCAGGUAGCCGUAAAACUAAACAACACUCACACAAGGAAACAUGAACGUUCUGGCACACGUAACCUUGCACUAUCAGCACCUAAACCUUCAGCCAGAGAGGAUUCAAGAAUUCGACCUAUCCGAGGUAAUUGCAAAGGUACAAACAGUUGAACUUC